CACGACUGAAUUCUUCCUCAUACUUAUAACACGCUGUCUUCUCGAUUUCGCUUUUUGAAAGGCCUACGGGCGAUUCCUCUCGCAGCCGCAUCUACUUCCAUUCCAGAUCGCACGUACUCAAAAAUGGCACCACUCACAAACAGUAAAGUCCCAAAGAGCACGACGAUGCAUUCAAAAGUCGUCAUCAUCGGCUCAGGUCCUGCAGGUCACACCGCCGCCGUUUAUCUCGCGCGCGCGAACCUCAGCCCUGUCCUCUUCGAGGGUUUCAUGGCAAACGGUUUCGCUGCUGGUGGUCAGCUUACGACGACCACGGAUGUCGAGAACUACCCCGGCUUUCCAUCCGGCAUCCUUGGCCCUGAGCUCAUGGACAAAUUCCGCGAGCAGUCCAUUCGCUUCGGCACCCAGAUCAUUACAGAGACCGUUUCCAAGAUUGAUCUUUCUGCACGCCCGUUCCGCUACUGGCGAGAGAGUCGGGAACAUGAGGAACCAGAAACUGCUGACACGAUUAUCAUCGCGACUGGUGCAAGCGCGAAGAGACUAGGACUCAAGGGCGAGGUCACAUACUGGCAAAGCGGCAUCAGCGCAUGUGCAGUCUGCGAUGGUGCCGUCCCCAUAUUCAGGAAUCAACCAUUGGCUGUUAUCGGUGGUGGUGACUCUGCAGCGGAAGAAGCUACGUAUUUGACAAAGUAUGGCUCUCACGUCUACGUCCUGGUCCGCCGUAGCGAACUCCGCGCUUCUAAAAUUAUGGCCAAGCGCCUUAUGAACAACCCCAAGAUCAGCAUCCUAUGGAACACCGUCGCAACCGAAUGUCAAGGCGACGGCGACCUCCUCAACAACCUCCGCAUCAAAAACGUAACGACAGGCGAAGAGCGCGAUCUCCCCGUGCGCGGACUGUUCUAUGCGAUUGGACAUGAGCCAGCUACGGCCCUAGUGCGUUCACAGCUGCAAACAGACCCCGAUGGUUAUAUCAUCACUGUCCCUGGAACGACGCAGACAAGUGUCAAGGGUGUGUUCGCUGCUGGUGAUGUGCAGGAUAAGAGGUACAGACAAGCUAUUACUAGUGCGGGAAGUGGAUGUAUGGCUGCACUCGAGGCAGAGAGGCUUAUUGCGGAGGAAGAGGAAGGUAUAGAGGAGGAUUAGAAGGUCAGAAGAACUUGGAUGUAUACCAACGCAAUGAUUUUUGCUACCCAUUAUGCAAGCAACGGUGUUGUAGAUUGGA